AACUUCAUUCGCGGUUGCGCCAACUCGGAUAGGAUGUUGCCACUAGCAGCAUUGAUGCAUAGGAUUUUUCAGAACAAAAAUACCUUUCUUGAGGAUCCUGCACUGUUGGAAGAAUAACAACAAAACGCAUUUUGCAACCCUAGGUUGGGAAGAACUCUUAACGUUGCGAGCAUUUUACAUUUUGUGUAUUCUGACUGUUGACAAUGCAAAGUGGAAGCGAGCGGGUUUGCAGAAUUUUCAAGCGUCUUCUAAUCUUAGCUAGUAGUAGGAGCAGCAGGAGCAGAAACAAGUACCAUGGCUAGGCCUCACAGAUACAUUCACAGUUGUUCAGCAACCUGACAACAAGACAGUUUAUAAAGGCUCAAAGUUUAGGUUUGUGAGAAACUCAUAAAAUUCGUGAUAUUCUUGCCAGCAGUUAGCAAGCAAACAUUGCUUGAUGGCUGGUGUGGCUAAUUAACGUUUGGUAGCUAACUGUUAACCUUGGCUGGUUCCGUUAUUCCCUCUACAAUAUACAGUAAUAGACAGAGAAAGGCAAUUUGCAGUAAACAAGUGUGGGGAGGGGUUCGGCAAAACCACUGCCAGUGGGACUGGGCGUGGAACGAAACUAGCUAGCUACAGUAGCUGGUUCCAUAGCCAGAAUUAUUUGCAAGAAGUCGUCGACUGCUGGGUGAAUGUGGGACAAAAUGGAGACGCCAACGAUUGUGUAUGAUUUGGAUACCUCUGGGGGUGUAAUGGAGCAAAUUCAAACACUGCUCGCACCCCCCAAGUCAGAGGAUGGCGAAAAGAGGAGUCGGAGGAGUGAAAGGGACGUUCGGAGAAAGAGCAGGGCCACCAACCACGACACCUGUGAUAGUUGUCAUGAGGGAGGGGACCUUCUGUGUUGUGACCAUUGUCCUGCUGCCUUCCAUCUACAAUGCUGUAACCCACCAUUGAGUGAAGAAAUGCUGCCCCCUGGUGACUGGAUGUGUCAUCGCUGCAACGUCCGCAGAAAGAAGCGUGAGCAGAAGGCUGGGCGGACAAAUGGCCUGCUGGAGAGGGAGAGGCCCCUCUCCAAGUGCUCCUCCUCCCCUGCAGCUGAACUGGAGCGGGACACCACCACCAUUACCACCACAACGCUGCGUCUGGACAGGCUGCCCCCCGGGGUCGGAGCAGCAGGACCCGGGCUGCGGGUGGCUGCCGUGCAUCUCGAGCGUCUGGAGCGCUUUGAGCGGCGGGCUGGCAGCCGACCGGGCACGCCCACCUCCAACGCCUACUCCACGGCCACCCCCUCGGAGGAGGAGGAGGUGGUGGCCCAGGGCUCAGAACCUGAACGAGCCACCACCACCACCACCCCUACCCCCACACCACGGCUCCUCAAGAGGCCCUUCCAGCUGCUCAUCGCCGCCGCCAUGGAGAGGAACCCCUCGCAGUUCCAGCUGCCCAACGAGCUCACCUGCACCACAGCACUGCCAGGCAGCAGUAAACGGAGGAGGAAAGAGGAGCUGAUCAUGAAGACUUUCAGGAGGCCACAGCAUGAGAUUGACCCCAAUGGCCUCAUUCCUCUGCCAGUCAGGGUGUGCUUCUCCUGCACUAGGAGCUGCAGAAUGGCACCCCUGGUUCAGUGUGACUAUUGCCCCCUGCUCUUCCACAUGGACUGCCUGGACCCCCCACUCACUGCCAUGCCCACAGGCAGGUGGAUGUGCCCUAAUCAUAUCGAGCACUUGGUGCUGAACCAGAGGAGCCUGUCCUUUACCAGCCGCUGCCAGCUCUUAGACCAGUUCCAGGAUAGGAUAUCCCAGCAUGCCGUCAAGGUGGACUUCCUGCGAUGGGUCCACCGACAGAACCAGCCUGUCCGUAGCGGUGUCCACCACAAGACGAAGUCGCUCAAGGUGCCCGAUGCUAUUAAGUCCCAGUACAAGAACCCCCCAGCCAUUUUGGCUCCUGCAGGGGUGCGUAACAGGGAGCUGAUCUGUAAUGGUGUCCCAGACCAGGACUGCCCCCCACGCUCCCCUCAGCAUUUUACCAGCCAGGCGGAGCAACAGGAGUGGCUUCGAGACGUCAUCUCGCUCCAGUGCAGCAUCAUGCGACAUUUAUCUGGCAAGCAGAAGUCCUCGUCUGACUGGGACUCUGAACAGACAGACAAGGAACAGAAAGACAUUAAGCCCUGUGUGGCUCUAGAGGAGAACAGCUCUCUGCCACUUGCAGAAAGGACAGCUUCAGCCCUGCCUGCCCCCUGCUCUAAGCCCUGCAGUACAUCUGAUGGCCCCCAGGGGGCCCAGGUACUGAAGGGCCUCUCGCGGGGCCAGGAGAGCUGCAGCUGCACGGUGAGGCCCUGUCAGAACUGUCUGAAGUGCAGGAAACCCAACGGGCCCCUGACUGAGCAGCCUGUGCAAGCCAACGGGCCGGUAGUGUGUGAUGCUGCAUCUGACACCUGCAGACAGACAGGGCUCCAGUUACACAGACUCACCCCCCCAGCCCCACUCCCAACCUCUGCUCUGGGGCUGCCCAACCACCUGAAAGGAGGGGUGGUGGUUAAAAUGGAGGGGGGCAGCCACCUGGAGUCUUGCACCCAGAAAGGCUGUCCCCCUUCCCUUUCGACGUGUGUAGCCACAGGGCAGGACGUCAAGAGCCAGGCCCACGGGACUCCUCAAGGCAUGGCAGGGGCUCAGGCCACCCCUCUGAGCCGCUGCAGUGAGCUGAAGCUCUGCCCCAGCCCCACCCCAGGUGUCCAUGUCUUCACCCCACCCAGAGCCGUCAAAGACUCCAGCACAGCAAGACAGCCCAUCACCACACCACCCGGUUUCUCCCCAGGGCCAGAUCUAAAGGGUAGCUCCAUGUUCCCCAGCUCUCUCUUGUCCUCCAUAGCAGACCUGUCUGGUGGCAUGAAGGCCGUGAUGGAAGGGGAUGGAGAGAUCGAACUGAGUAAACUGGAUGAGGAGUUGGUCAAACUCCUGGCCUGGCAGAGGAUACAGCAGUUGUUCCCCCCCAAAGCGCCACCAAUCCCCCAAGGCAGCUGUGUAACCGUUACCCCUCCUCCCACCACCACCGUCGCCCUCAACCCUCAAUCUCCCACGCCACGCACAGAGGAACAACAGAAGGUGCAGGCAAGAGCAACGUUCUAUCCACUCAUGGGGAAGGGAGGAGCCAUCAACAUGUCUUAUAGGACCCUGUACAUAGGAGCUGGUGCUGACAUGGAUGUGUGCCUUACAAACUAUGGGCAUUGUAAUUAUGUAUCUGGAAAACACGCAUGUAUCUUUUACGACGGGAACACCAAGCACUACGAGCUGCUCAACUACAGUGAGCAUGGAACCACUGUGGACAACGUGCUCUACUCCUGUGACUUCUCUGAGAAGGCCUCCCCCAGCCCGGCUAGUGGCCUGGUGUCCAAAGUGCAGGGCAUUGUCCGCCGCUGUAAGAUGAGAGAGCAGGAGGAGGAGGGGGCCGAGGCUGGGCCCGGGCACAGGACUGGUCUGAUGCCAUCGGGGGGAGUGAUGAGCUGCCAGCCCCAGGGAGGACCCAGGCUCUCCUGUAACUGCAAGGCCAGCAGUUCCAGCCUGAUCGGUGGCAGCGGGGCCGGCUGGGAGGGCACAGCGCUGCUCCACCACGGCAGCUACAUCAAACUGGGCUGCAUGCAGUUUGUCUUCAGCAUUGUUGAGUUCGCCAGCAAGCAGCCCAAAGAAGAGGGAACCACUGGCACCGCCAAUACCACCCCCAACCAAGAGGGGGCAGACAAGCAGACUAUCAAACUCCACCAAGUGCAACUCUGUUCCAUAGCCCAAGCUCUCUCUUUCUCAUCUCUUUCCAGUCAAACCUAAGGGAAGCCUAAUGGGAGCUGGUUGUUACACAGGGAAAAUAUAUAUUUUAAUUUAUUUUGUUAAUACUUAAUUUCAUGCAAAAGUAUAAUCUCAAAUCUGUUAUUUCGAUUGACUGAAAAAUGUCACUUAUUUUUGGCAGUCUAGUUAUGUAUGUAUGUGUAUAUAUGUGUGCCUUGCAAAAGUAUUCAUCCCCCUUGGCGUUUUUCCUAUUUUGUUGCAU